GAUGCUCUAGUCUAGAAAACAUUACACCGUUUAUCUACUUUUCAUAACUAAUUAGUUUGUGGUGUAUCAGAAUGGAAAUGCACCACAUUAUUUUGAUUUCUUUCUUCAUCAUGGGGACAAUGGCGGGGAAGUACUCAAAAGAAAUGAAUGAACAAAAGGCAUCUGAUAAAGGGAACAAUCUGGUGGAAUUUAGGAUUGCCAAACUUAAUCAGGUUUGGGAAAAGGCAAUAAGGAUGCAGCUUGCUCCGGUGCGACUGUCAGAACUACACAGUGACCUGAAGAUCCAGGAGAAAGAUGAACUUCAGUGGAAAAAGCUGAAAGCAGAAGGCUUGGACGAGGAUGGAGAGAGAGAAGCCAAGCUGAGACGCAAUUUUAGUAUUAUUCUGGCAAAGUAUGGAAUGGAUGGGAAAAAAGACACUCGGACAUUGGACAACAACAGAUUGAAAGAUCGUGAUGUUAAAGAGGGAGAUACAUUUGAUGACCCUAGAUUGAACAAGCUGUGGAACAAGGCCAAAACAUCUGGAAAGUUUUCUGAAGAGGAACUUCAAAGCCUGCAGAGGGAAUUCCUGCACCACAAAGACAAGAUCAAUGAGUACAACAUUGUCAUGGAUACUGUCAGCCGGACCGAAGAGAUCCAUAAGAACAUAAUCAGUCCACUGGAGGGUGAAGGGAAGGAACAUGUUCUCCAUCAGAAACAUUCAGAUCUGAAGCAGAGAAUGAGAGACCUUAACCAGGCCUUUGAACGGCUCCGCAAGAUCACCCAUGAAGGUUACAGUGCUGACAGUGAAUUUAAGGAGCCACGAGUCAUAGAGCUUUGGGAGAUGUCAAAAAGAUCUAAUCUUACUGAGGACGAACUUAUCUCUCUUAAAGAGGAACUUAGACACUUUGAAACAAAGGUGGAAAAGCACCAGCACUAUCAGGAGCAGCUGGAACUGUCACAUCAGAAACUGAAACAUGUGGAAGCCCUGGGAGAUGAAGAACACAUAAUGAGAAAUAAAGAAAAAUACAACACUCUUGCUGAAAAAGCACGAGAAAUGGGAUACAAGAUGAAGAAACACUUGCAGGACUUGACGAAUAAGAUUUCCCGAAAUGGAUUGAGACACAAUGAACUCUGAAUACCAUUUUCUUUCCACCUUGACAGCACUACUACAAGUUAUAAAUAUUCAGAUGCCACAUAUGCAAUUUUCC